ACCAUCGCGCCGGCGACUCACUCCCUAACAUAAACAUGGCCUUCACGUUUGCAGCAUUUUCUUACAUUAUUGCUCUAAUAGUCGAUGCCUUUCUCAUAUUCUUUGCCAUCUUCCACAUAAUUGCAUUUGAUGAACUGAAGACAGACUACAAAAAUCCAAUAGAUCAGUGCAAUAGUUUGAAUCCUUUAGUUCUACCAGAAUAUGCCCUGCAUCUGCUCUUCAACAUCUUGUUUUUGAUUGCUGGAGAAUGGGUAUCACUGUUGCUGAAUAUUCCUCUCAUCUUAUACCACAUCAACAGGUACCGAGGGCGACCAGUGAUGAGUGGACCGGGAUUGUAUGACCCUACGAGUAUAAUGAACCACGAGGUGCUAAGCCAGUGUCAGCGUGAGGGCUGGGUGAAGUUAGCCUUCUAUCUCCUUGCAUUUUUCUACUACCUUUAUGGGAUGAUAGUCUCUCUCAUCUCGGGGGCUUAAAAGCACAGCUUCUUGAUGUCAUAAGAAUCGCCUUCACCUGCCUGUCAUGGGUCACUAUCCUGCAGUACUUACUGGUUCAUCAGUUAUUUGUUCUUGACAUUUUUAUGUUGGUCUUCUAAAGUUCAAAGCAUUCAUGUUAUAUAUUUUACCUUUCUGUAUGUACAUAACUGGGAAUUGCAUUCUCUGGUGUCAAAUAGGAGAUGACUGUAGCACUGGUCCAACCACUUGUAAUGGAUGGUAGAGUGACGGUCUCGUUUCCAGCAGGUCGGUGUUAAAUUCUCGACCGUCCAAGUGGUUGGGCACCAUUCCUUCCCUCCCUCGUUUCCCAAAUCCUUAUCCUCAUCCCUUCCAUGAGUCGUUAUGGAAUAGCACUUUCUCUUGACAAUAACCUUACCUCUGUAGCGCUGAUUGCUGUUGAGAUUUAGCUUGGCAGCAGAGCAUUGCAAUUCAGUUAAUUGAUAGAUAUUAUCAUCUUGGUUGGGGUGAAGGAGACAGCUGCCUGGGAAGCUAAAGUAGCAGAAGAUAUUUCAAUUGAUAUCCAGCCAAUCGUACAAUGUUUUGUACUGUAACAUCAUGGGAAAUUGGUACCAUAACACUUUAAAAACGUUUCACGGUGGAUUUCAGUCAUUUUAGAGCCUUGGUGAAAGAAUUGUUGCAUGAAUUAAAAAAAAUAAAUUGUCAGUCAUUCAGUGUAUAUUAUAACAUGGAAAGAGGAUACAUAUGGCAUAAUACACUGUACUAGUGCAUUGUGAAAUGAUAUUAAAGUUUUGAUUAAUUCAUAAAAUGCAGAAUCAUACUGUAACUACUGUACACUCAAUGUAUCAAAAUAUAUGUACAAUGCAUGAAUAUGUGAAUUUGAAAAAGCUUUGUACGUUAAAGGUAGUGUUCUUGGCAUUAUAGCAUUGUCGGCAGGGGCCAAGUGUGGCAUUAUGACAAUUAGUCUAUAUUCUCUAUUAAAUAAACAGAUCAUCUUUUGAAUUUAUAGUUUGUAACAUUGACUUAAGAAGUGUAAAGACAAAUUAUUAGUUUUGGAGACGUUUUGGAACAAAUCUGGACUUGAACAUCAUAAUUUAUUAUUUUAUUAUGGUGUAAUGGUUGAAUCCUGAAAAUUCUAAUUAAGUUUGCCAAUGAAGACUUAACUACUACUUUUAUUUCCUAAUUUUUGCAUUUGGUGGAAGUAAGAUUAAUCAUGACGAAAUCUGUCAAAUUUCACAUUGUUAUACAACAUAAAUGGCCCAAGUUGUUACAACAGAAAAAGAUGUAAGAAGAACUUUGCUAUACUUGAUUUUCUCUCUGAAUAUUGAUCCUGAGAUUUUUGUUGAUUAUUGCUAUCUUAAUUUUCUCCCCCCCCCCCCCCUUCUCCUUAUUUGUUAUUCUUCUAUAUGCCAGGCGAUAUGGACAGAGAAAAAAACAGUCUGUGCUUUAUUGAAAUAUGUGGGAAUAAAUAGAAUAAAUAGGAUAUAUGACUUAAGAGGCAUAGGUUUUAUUUGUCAACGAUUAGAAAUGGGAACUACGAGUUUAAGGUAGAACAAGUGAACUACCAUGAUAGCCUUAAUGAGUGAAAAUGAGAUGCAUGCGGAGAGUGUGUGAAUGAAUGAAUGAGAAUUGUCUCUACUGUAUCUCUCUCUCUCUUCCUUGUGUGGAUGGACAAUUGAAACCUUCCAUAAUGCCAAUGCAUGAUUUAAGGUACUGUACAUACUGUAUAUUGGGGUUAGGAGGAACAAAUAUUCAUGGUUGUGUAAUGGAAGCUUGGAAGACUGGAGACUGCAUGAGAUGUAAAUUGGCAGAUAAGAUUUAGCAUCGUGGUUUUUUUGAGUGUCACGAGAAUGAUUAACAUGGAGAAAAGUUGUUCUGAUAUGGGGGGACUUUUCUUGCUUGGGUGUGGGGACAUUUCAUGGAAGGUGGCUUACAAUAGAUGCCUUUGUUUACAAAUAAAGGAAUGAAUGGUGCACUAAAAAGAACAGGAAAAUCUGUGAUUUCCACAGACUUGCAGAUGAUUCAUGGUAAUAACUUGAAAGAACUUGGCAGAAUAGUUGAAAGAAGUUGGUGGAUGGCUUCAGGUGAUAUGUAAUAAUUUGAAGGAAGAAUUUUUGUAUUGGAAGGGCUAUUUUGGGUAUGAGACAUUAUAAAUGGUUAGGUCACUAGUGAUAACCCCCCCCCCUCCCCCAAGAAAAAAAGUUUUGUUGAUUUUUGUUGUAUGAUGACCUAGGAGGGCCAGCAGGGGGAGGGGAGGCCUUCCUGAGAGAGCUGAACAAAUUUAUGUCUAAAUACCUGAUCAAUUGAGUUUUCAAAAUUACUGUACACAGGCAUCUGCUGCUCUGAAACUGAUGCACUAUUUAAUAAGGAAAGCAUUUAUAUUUUUGUAGUUGUCUGUAGCAGGCACUGCCUUAGUCUUUUUAAGCACUUAAAUGCCAAUGUUUUCAUUGAUAGAGCACAAUCUGGUGUGUGUGUGUGCGCAUUUUUUUUUUUUGCCCACAUUAAAUUUUUAAUGUGAUUGCUUUCAGUAAAUGGCUACAUUAGCAGUGAAGAUAAAAUGAAUAUUUAAGAUGUUAAAGGUAUUAAUUAAAUAUACUGUAUCGUGAUCUUGUAGCAAUCAACUUUACAAACUUUUAAUGGAAUGCAGGAAAAUAAAUCUUUGUUUUUAAAUCGCUGCAGUGGAACCUCGGUACUCAAAUUUAAUUGGUGCCUGAAGGCCAGUCGAGUGCUGAUCAGGUUGAAUACUGAAGUUUUUUUCCAUAGAGAAUGGUGUAAAUUGGAUUAAUCCUUUCCAGACCACAAAAAUAAAUAUUUUGGUGGUCAAAAAUACAAUAAAUAAAUUAAUAAAGGAAAAUACUAUAUACACUUUACCUGCACUCAGGAGAGUUUAUUGCAUAUGUGGAAGGUGGUGAGGUCUCCCUCACCACCUUCAUAAAGAAAUGUUAUUGUUUGGGAGUGGAGUCCUCUACCAUUAUCACAGUUUUGUCAGAGUGAUAUUUUUCAAGAAAACUUUGCACUUUUUCCCCCAUUUUGCACACAUUGAGGGUUCCAGUAGUACAGUCGGGGUUCGUUCUUCACGCAAUUGAAAAUUCCAGGUUUGAAUCUCGGGCGGGACUGAAAUGGUUGGGUGUAUUUUGUGUCGCCUAAUGACCCCGUUCACCUAGCUGUAGGUAGGUAUUCAUGAGUCAGUCAGCUUCUUGUGGGGUUAGUAAUUCGACAUUGGGGGGGGGCUCAAUAUAAGCCUGACAUGUAUAAAUACACUCUGGCUGCCUGUUCCCCAACACAAUGAAUUAUUAUUAAUUAUUAUUUGUUUUAUUAGAGAACUAGAUUUAGGCAUAGCAAACUCGGUAGCAAGAGCAGACGUGUGGGCACCACAUUCAUAUUUUACUACAAGAUCUUAUUUCAUCUCAAUCAUGUUUCUAACUGCCAGUAAUUUUCUUUUUGAUUGGCCCUUAUCACUAACUUUCACUAAAUAACUUUGGUGCCACAGUGACUUAUUUACACUAAGAAUAUAAAUAAAUAUCCAAGAAAAUGCAAGAAGAUGUAGAGAAGUCUAGUGGUGGUGUGCACUGAACGACAGUUACUUGUAAACUGACUCGUUGGGCUGCGUGUUUGUUUGAGUGCCGAACACACAGUUGAGUACUGAACAUAAACUGUUCUAGUGCCAAAUUGUUUGAGUGGGAGGCUGUUCGAGUACCAAGGUUCCACUGUAUUAAAUACGAAGUAAAAUUCCCAUGCAAUAUUCAUGAAUAUCUUGCUUCUCUUUACUCAUAUUAUUUUUUAAAUUUCAUCAUUAGUAUUAUUGAUCAAAGGAAAGAUUUAUAAUAGUUUUGUUUUAUAAUGACCCAUGAAGCAAUGUAAUUGUUAUAUAAUUAGUCAGAUAAGAAAAAAGGAGAUUUGAUUUACUUGAAUCCUUAGUGUAAAUCUUAGGUAUAUGACAAAAUUUCCUAAAAUUCUUUAAGACCGAAUACUGUAUGAAGCUAUUUACGUAUUUCAAAGCUGUCAGUUUAUCAUGAUGGAAACCCGCAGCCGACUAUAUCUUGAACUUGCACAGAGUAAUAUUGCAGUGGAUAGAUCAUGGACUAACUUGAUGAGGGUGUCGUGCUACAUUAACAGGUAUUGUGUUGGGUUGAUUUCUCCAGUCAAUCAGUUGCACUUAAUAUUUUAUGAUCUAGCUAGUCAUAGUUAACUAGUUGACAUUGGCCCUGUGGGAUACUGAUGUCUCAGGGUGUUAAAUAAUGGUUAAUUUUUGUGAGGAACAUUACACAGCUUGUGAAUUCCUGCUUGGGGAAGAACCUUUCUUGUAAGUAUUUUCUUAUUGCACCAAACUGUAAUGUAAAGGAGUGUGUAUUGCCUCUUAAUAUUAUGGUUUGUAUAAGUUUCUUGUAGAUCCUUGAUGAGCCAUAUAAUUAAAAUUCAAUAAAGUGUUCCAAUUUGACUCCAGUCAUGGCCCAUGAUGUUAUUGCACUCUUGAGAGUUUGCCAUUUCUUUUGGAUCACAUAUACUAUCAUUUGUAUUUUUAAUAUGAUAACUACUGUUGACUAAAGUUUAGAUUUCAAUGAGGUACUGUAUACACAAAAUAUUGAUUCGGUGCUGAAGAGUUAGCUGCUGCAUUGGGUAAAUGAACAAUUAUGUUGAACAAUUGUUAAUUAUAUUUUAGGAAUGAAUUAUGAUUAACUGAUUAUCAUAAUAUCUUGCUCAUUCUUGUAAAUUUAUUAUUUACUGAUUAGUGGUUUAAUUAUUAAGGGCUAAUUAUACUCUAUAUUUACUAACUCGUCUUAUUAAACUGUCAAACGAUCUUUUGGGUGAAAAGUUAUCCUGUGCUAGUCUUCAAGCAAGAAUAUAGCCAUUAAUAAUGCGUCAGUAAUGAGAAACUUCAAUAUCAGAGUGGAUAUACUAUAAGAUAUUUUAUUAUGUCUUCACAUUAUGGUGUCAAUGGUACAGUACUUUUGAGCCUCUACUAUACUACGGACUGCAUUAAACUAAGGAGAGUGCAUUUAUCAGUUAAUACUGUAAUAUUUUAUGUGAACAAAACCAUUAACUCGACGGGCAAGGAUUCGACUUUGCUUAUGUAAAUAAUUUGAUACAUAGUUUUAAUUAUCCACCAGUAAUACCGUGUAUAUACUGUAUUAUGGCCUACAAGUUAGAAACUUUGAAAACAGGGUCCUGACACAUUUGCUGAAAACUAUUGUGCAGUAUUUACUUAUGCUCACAAUUUGGUUAGGAGGGCCUAGUUAAUGUUGAAGAUUAACAUGUCGAUAUAGUUCCUCAACUUUUAUUUCGUAACUGAGCAAAAGAGUCGUUUUUCAUUAUUUAUUAAACUUUUGUGACUCUUGGCACAAUAUAAUGCUUAAAUAAUUAUAAAUGAUCAGGGUGGCUAUCAUGGAAGCCCCCCAGUGCAUUUAAACAACAAACGCCUGCAGGGAUAUAGAGAUAUUGAUGCAUGUGUAAUGAAGUGUGUAUGACCAUAAAUUUAAACUUAAUCAUGUUAAGUUAUUCAUAUCGAAAUUUACUGUAUAACUCUGAUCUUGAUUGAAUAAUAAUGGUAAAAAACAUGUAAACAUUAUGGAAAAUGUAACUAAUUCAGUAGAUCAAGUUUCAAGAAGUACCGUAACGUGACCUUUCUGCACCAUUUACAUGGCUGCUGCUUUGCUUAAGAUGUAAAGGGAACGUCUCGGUGGUUUCUGUCAAAUUCAGGCAAGAUUAUCCAACUGUGAACUAAAUUGUUCGUUUUAACACUUCCAGAAUUUCAACUUUAAAGUUAACCGGGUUUCUUUCUAAUUUUUUCUCAUUCACAAAUCAUAAAAUUAUGCCUAGCUUAAUGUCAACUGUCAAUUAAAUCAAUUCACUGGUAGGAUGGAAUGUGGAGUUGUUUGGUUUCAGGCUGUCCACUGGUCUUUGUUUUCAAGUGCACUGAGAUCCAUGAUCGUAUAAUUAAAAACUAAAUUUGAUGGGGCACAUUUUUGGACGAAUGUGCAAAGUGAAUGCGAACCUAAUGACAGAACUCGUUUGUCUAAAACGCUGCAUUUUCCGUACUUGUCUGGGUAUUAGCACUGGUAUUGUUUAUGUAUAUUUCAUAUUUGUAAUAUUUGAUACUGUAUGCACAAGUACAUGUAUUAAUUAAACUGCAACCAAUGCCUUUUUUGUAUAUGUUGAAUUAAUUUGUAUGUUAUAUGGUAAUCUUACAUUUUUAGGAGUAAUUUCCCUUCAGCAUAUUAUACUUAACUGAUUUGGUCACAGCUACAUUGUGUAUUUUUGUGAUAUUUUGUUUUGAUAAAUAAUUGACCAGUCUGAUUUAGUUUCAUGUCUUAACCAUAUUCUGAAUGCACUGGCAUCCUUUGGAAAGAAUUGAAUUUGUAUAUUAAAUAAAAAAAAAAAAGAGCCUGAUAACGUAUAUUAAAUUAUGGAAGAUUAUUGUACAGUAUUGAACAGAUUUUAGUGCUUUAAUAAUUAUCUGACCUUUGGAUAAUUUUAAGGGCACUAAAUCAUUUCAUAAAUGAGCUAUGCAAAAGAUAGGUUGAUUUACUUUGAGAAGUUGAACAAAAAUAUUAAAUAGGAUUUUUGUCCAAUUAGAAAUGGUUUCCAUUUGUAUUUGAAAUCUCUUGGCACCUAACAAGGUUUUGUGUGAAUUUUUAUUGGACUUGCAUUUUGAGUUAAAAUAUUUUAUAUAUACAGUAUAUAUAAUAUCAGUACUGUACUACAUUUCUGUUGAUAUAAGAUAAAUAAUAGUAUGUUUUUUUUGUUUCCUUGAGAAUGUGGCAUUAGGUGAUACUGUAUAUGUCAAUGAUUUAUUCACUUUUGUUAUUGAGGAGGUUCGCACCUUCAGUGGACAGUGAUUGAAUAAAAGAAUAAAGUUU